UAAUGACGCUAUGUGAAGAGCAUCUUUGGUACUGCGAGGAUGCAACAUCGUCGUGCACCCAUGGUACCCCCGUCUCCUCGCGUGGCAGCUCUUCUCCAAGGCCCCGUCUGAAGAUCGUCGAGCCUAAAAUGGCCCUCUCUAGCUGCUCCAGCUGCUCACCGUUCCGUCCCACGCCCAACUGUGCGUCAUCCUCCACUCCCACAAGGGUCCAGCUCGACAUUCAACAUUCGCACACGCACGAGUUGAGAGCGAGUUGAUCCCCCCCAUCCCUCCUUUCCAUCCUAACAGUUCCACAAAAUGGCCCAAUCAACCUCUCGCGCCCUCCUCAAUGAGGUCAAGCAACUCAUCCCGCCUCUCAGCGACAAGCUUCACAAAGGCCAAUCUGGCCGAGUAGGAAUCGUAGGCGGAUCGCGAGACUACACGGGCGCUCCCUUCUUCGCAAGCAUGUCCUGCAUGCGCUUCGGCGCUGAUAUGAGCCAUACAAUUUGUGAGCCUGAGGCAGGGAAUGUGAUCAAGACUUACAGCCCGGAUUUGAUCGUUCAUCGUCUACUGGGAGAGGGUCGUCCCCAAGCCGACAUCCGCAAGGACCUCGAAGGUGUCUUCGCCCGUCUGCACUCCCUCGUCCUCGGUCCAGGGCUUGGUCGUGACGAACACAUGCAAAGUUGCGCCCGAACUGCCCUCGAUCUGGCGCGCAAGAACGACAUCUGGACAGUCGUGGACGCCGAUGGGCUCUGGCUCGUAGCCAAUCACCCAGACGUCGUCAAGGGGUGGAACAAGGUGGUUCUCACGCCCAAUGUGGUCGAGUUUGGCAGGCUGUGCGAUGCGGUCAAGGUGGAUGCGAAGAAGGACCCAGACACGGCGGCUAAGCAGCUUGCUGCUGCCCUUGGUGGGCCCAUCAUCUUGGAGAAGGGGAAGGACGAUCGUAUUACGAAUGGGGAGGAGGUGCUCAUCUGCUCAAGCCCCGGUACUCUGAAGCGCGCUGGUGGCCAGGGAGACAUUUUGUCGGGCACCUUGGGCUGCUUGCUUGCAUGGGCCAAGAUCUUCCACAAUGGGGAGGCUCGUGCUGCAGGCGCGCCUGCACCUGCGCCCGAGACGAUUCCCGAGAAGAGGCUCUUGCUACUGGCAGCGUACGGUGCUGCAGAGACUGCCAGACGAUGUAGUUAUCAGGCGUAUCAGAAGAAGGGAAGGGCAAUGCUGGCUGACGACCUGCUGCCGGAGGUGGGGCCGGCUUACGAGCAUCUGUUUGGGGACAAGAGCGGGAACUGAC